AUGGUGUGUAUCACUGUGAGGGUGGGAUACCACAGCGACUCAGCCUGCACACACAGCCUGACAAAAACCUCCCUGAGCCCGGCCCGGCUCCGCUCGCCAUGGAACCUUCCAGAACCACAGCUGGACACGACCUCUGACCCCGGUGAGAGCCUGGCUGACUCCCGCCUGCAGGGAUUUGGCUCCAGGCGUCCCGGGAUGGAGUUUUGGAGUUUCCUCUGCCGCUGCGUUCCACCGGCCAAGGCGCACGGCGGGGGUCAAAGGUCAGGAUUUACUCUCCUAAACACAGAUUUCCCACCUGGAGGUUUUUGUAUGGAGCUGUAUCACAGUGCUAAUCCAUUAACGUUUGGGAAAAGAAUCCGCCUGACCGUCCUUCCCAGAGACCCGAAAGACGUCAAACCGACGCUGUCCAUCCUGCGGCCUCAGGUGGGCGGGGGCUCCAACACCACGGGCCCACAGGUCUGCCUCGCCGCCAGCUUCUACCCCAGAGGAGGCACCAUGGUGCUGACGGGUAGCGCCGGCCGGGAGGAGCGGUCCACCAGCGACGCCCCGCUCUGCACCGCCACCAAAACCUACUUCUACGUCGGUGUCUCCAAGAACAGCUUCUCGUCCUGCGAGCUGAACGGCACCACAGAGAACUACAUCGAGCCGGUGACCACCGCCGCCACCACCCCCACCACCACCACGCCUCCUGUCACCACGCGAGCCACGCCGCCAGCCCCCGCUGACCCGUACAGGGGCGCCGUGCCAGUGAACAGGAAGCUCAACUCCCAGCUGCUGCUGAUGAACGGCCUGCGCCUCCUCUUCACCAAAACUCUGGCCAUCAACAUGAUGCUGACCAUCAGAGCUGUGCUGUGCUAGAGGACCCGCGGGCGGCGUGGAGCUGCAGGACGACGCUCGUCUGUCUUCACUCUGAACGUCUUCAUGGCACUUUCAUAAUCUAUAUCAUUUAUUUAGAGGUUAUUUAGUCGAUGCUGUGGGCUGGCCUCAUCUCAGCUAUAGAGGUCAGAGGUCAGAGGUCAGAGCAGCCUAAUUUGGCAGAUGUUGAGAUAUGAGUCUCGGUUUCGGUAGGAAUGAUAGUUGUUGUGUUAUAAUUUUCAUUUUCAGUGGAAAAGCUGUUGAAAUGAUCAUGAUCAAAAUGACAUCAGUUUGUAGUCCUGGCAUCUCUGUAGUGCUAUUAAACUUUACUUACAACAAUAUUUUUUCACAUUUUACAUUUGAUCAAAAACUGCACUUGGCCAUGUUUUGAUUUUGCUGAUAUUUGGAGCUCUGGUGUUGAUGUGAAGUCAGACUGAGGAGGAGUUUUCUCUGAAAGAAAAUAAAGCCUGUGUGGAGGACAGAGGCUCAGAGCUGCACGCUCACGCUCUGAUUUCUGUUUGCAUCUUAUGAUUUUUUGUAUUUUUCUCCUGGCAGUUUCACAUCACAGCUGGACUCCUGAUUGGCUCCCUCUCUAAAUAAUCAGUAGAAGGUGUCCAAUCAGGCCAGCUGGUAGCAGCCACUGUCGGCCAAUCAGAGUCCAGUAUUGUGACACAUUAGUCGUUAUGCUUCAUGUAAAAAACAAACAAACAAAAAAA